GUUACAUUCUCAAUGGCUUUCAUGAGCACGUCAGCACCCUUCUCCUCGCCGAGCCAACGCAGCAUCUCAGCGGCGCUCCAGAAUGCUCCCACGGGAUUCGCGAUCCCUUUCCCUGCGAUAUCAGGCGCACUCCCAUGGAUUGGCUCAAACAUACUCGGGUUCUUCCUUGUCGGGUCCAGAUUGCUACUCGGCGCAAUUCCAAUACUGCCACUCAGCGCGGCCGCGAGAUCCGACAGAAUAUCUGCGUGCAAGUUGGUCGCGACAAUGGUAUCCAGACUCUUCGGAUCAAGCGUCAUACGCACUGUCAUAGCAUCGACCAACAUCUUAUCUGUCUCUACCUCUGGAUACUCUUUGGCCACUUCCCAAAAGAUCUUAUCCCAGAACACCAUCCCAUGUCGUUGCGCAUUCGACUUGGUGACCAUUGUAAGCUUCCUCCGCGGCCUGUCCUUUGCUGUCCGGAAUGCAAAAUGCAUGAUGCGUUCAACCGCGGCCCUCGUGAACACAGAAACCUCUGUCGCCAUUGCAUGCGGCUCUUCCUCGUGCGAAAUCCCGCCUUGCCCAGAGUACUCCCCCUCGCUAUUCUCCCUUACAAUAACCCAAUCGAUAUCUCCUACAUUUACCCCUUCCAAUGGACUCUUGGUCCCCUCCAGUAUCCUUGUCGGUCUUACAUUGACGUACUGGUUCAGUGUCUUGCGGAUCGGUAGGAUAAGACCCCACAAGCUCACAUGGUCCGGCACAUUCGGCCACCCGACGGCGCCGAAGUAAAUCGCGUCGAACUUCCUGAGCUGGGCGAGGCCGUCGUCGGGCAUGUAGUACCCCCGCGAGAGGUAGUUGGCGCUGCUCCAGUCGAAGGUGGUGAAGUCGAGCAUAAAGGUUGAAAGCGUCAUGGAAAGCGUGGUCAGCGCUUUUUGCGCGGCUUGCGUGAUUUCGAUGCCGAUGCCAUCACCUGGUAUCAAGGCUAUCCGGUGUACGCUUGCGACGGAGUGAAUGUGGGGAGGCAUUUUCAAGGGGAUGAUGGUGGU